AUGGCAGACUCCGCAUUCACCUUCCUUCCCCUCGGCGCCAUCAUCCAGGAAUUCAACAUCGACGGGACCAACAUCGUGCAGGGCUUCCGCACGCAAGAUGACUACGUCAAACACAACUCCCCCUUUUUCGGUGCCACCGUCGGCCGCGUCGCCAAUCGCCUCAAGAACGCGCAGCUAGAAAAUGUUAAUGGCCAGACUUACUCUCUCGCGGCGAACGACGCGCCUAAUGCGCUGCACGGCGGGCCGCAGGGGUGGGAUAAGAAGGUGUUUGCGGGGCCGAAGGCUGUGAGCAGGGGGGGAAAGGAAGGGGUAUUUUUUAAGUAUGUGAGUAAGCAUGGCGAGGAGAAUUAUCCGGGGACGGUCGAGGUUAGGGUGUGGUAUACGGCGGGGAAAGAGGAGGGGAAGACCGUGCUGGUGACUGAGUAUGAGGCCGAGUUGGUGGGCGAUGAGGUCGAGGAGACGGCGGUUAAUAUCACCAAUCAUUCAUACUUUAAUAUCUCCGGCGCUCCGACUAUCGCCGGCACAACCGCGCAGCUCGCGACAGAUCUAUGCCUACCGCUCGACGACACGAGCAUCCCGUUCGGCCACGUGGAUCGGUUCAGCAAAGUCGACGUUGCACGGCCGUUUGUGCUGGGCACCAAGGAAAAUGAGGUGGACGAUUGUUUUCUGAUCGAAACCGACCCAACCAAAGUCCCGCUGGAUACACGCGACCAGCCGGUCAGACUACUGGGCAGCUUCAGCCAUGACGACACCAAGAUCCAUCUCGAGGUGUACAGCACUGAGCCGGCGUUCCAGUUCUACACGGGCAACGGCAUCGAUGUGCCUGCGGUCAAUGGCGUGCCGGCCCGCGGCAAGUAUGCGGGUUUCUGUGUCGAGCCGAGCAGGUAUGUCAAUGCGGCUAAUGUGCCGGCGUGGCGCCAUAUGACACUGUUGAAGAGGGGCCAGGUGUAUGGGUCGAAGAUUGUCUACAAGGCGUGGAGAGAUACACAGAGUGCAUCAUAG